AUGACUGUCAAUCCUCCCAUCUCAUCGGUGAAAACCAGAGACAAUGAUGUCUCCGAUAGCUCAAUUCCACCUUUGAAGUGCUUCGCCUUCCAGAACCCCACCGAGCAGGCCUGGUGGGACAAGACGGGGCCAUUGUUGGCUAAAGUCCUUCAGUCCGCCCAGUACAGUGUGCAAAACCAGUAUCUUUACAUGACGCUGUAUAGGACUGUUCUGAUUCCUCGGCUCGGCCCACAUCCUCAUACCUGGGACUCUUUUAUCACAUAUUCUGGAAUUCCAGUGGAGUUCAGCAUCAACUUCCAGCAGCACGGCCCUCCAACAGCUCGGAUUGGAUGGGAACCUGUGAGCCAGAAGUCGGGUUCCCCAGCAGACCCGAUCAAUCAUGACACCAUCACCCGGGCAAUCGACACAAUGACCCAACUCAAUCUCAAGGGCUUCGACACCAAGUUCCUCAACCAUAUGAUUAGAUGUCUCACUGCUACUCCCGCGGAGUCCGCCGAGGUUGAUCGGGAUCAGUUGUAUCUUCUCAGGAUGAAGAACCAAGUAUCUUUUGGGCUCGAUCUCAAAGGCGGAGAGGUCUCUGUGAAGUGUUACUUGUAUCCGGCACUGAAGUCACACUUGACGGGCAGCUCUUUGAGACAAUUGUUGAGCCACGCAGUGCAGUCGCUCGGCGAUGAGGUCUCUUACCCUGCUUUAGAUACUAUCCAUGAAUAUCUUCAGGGUGCAGGGUUGUAUAACCAGUAUUCCUUCAUCGGCAUCGAUUGCACCACAGUUUCCAAGUCUCGACUCAAGAUAUAUAACACGAUUCAAGACGUGACGUGGUCCAAGCUACGAGACAUAUGGACACUGGGCGGUCGAUUUGAAUCGAAUGCCACCACACAGCGCGGACUGCAGUUCAUUCAACAAUUCUGGCAGCUUCUCACUUCGGAUCAGGACAAAAUGGCCGUUGGCAUCUGGAGCUACGAAUUGGCGCCAGGGAGUACCGACUUCCCUAACCCCAAGUAUUAUUUCAUUAUGCACGGCAUGAGUGACAUGGAAAAUGCUCAGGCGAUUGUCAAGUUUUACGAUUCCAUUGGAUGGCAUGACCUGGCCGCAAGCUACAUCGAUUCGGUCAAAGGAUACUUGUACGUUGCCCUCCUCAUCGCAUACCUUGGUGACCACCCCUGCUAA